CGACUGGUCCCAAGCGAAGCGUGGCUGCAGCCUGAAACCGUCCACCGACUCCUGCACGCGCGCACCCAGCCUCCCCCCGCCGCGGCCGAGCUGACGCCGGCGAGGCCUCCCUCCGGCGCCGCGGCCGUAGCGCCGCUCCGCCCGCAGUCUAGCGGGGUGAAGCAGAGACCCAUCCGGGCGUGGAUUGUCUCCUUUCUUCCGUCGAUAUCACUCUUCAGUUAGACAAAAAGGAUGAGUGGUGAAGGUUUUGAUCAUCAUCUUCAUCCUGGGAUAAUAAAAUGGUUGUAGGCAAUUCUUCUGUUUGGUAAAAACCACCGUUGUAUCGUUGAAUAUGGAAGUCGAUGAUGACGUGGAGGAGGAUGACAUGGAUUUUAACCCUUUCCUUAGGGAAGGAUCUCCAUCUGAGACCUCGUCAAGCCUUACCUCGGAGGCAGAAUGCGAGGAACAUAGUUACGAGAAUCAACCAAGUAGCGAGAUAUAUCUGCAGAACAGUCUAGGUAAUGAAAACACAAGUGACAGCGCACUUCCUCAAAAUAGAUUAUCAUCCAAGGGUGUUUUCAAAGAAAAUUUUCCAGAAAAAACCUCAACCCAGGUUAAUUGUGAGCAUGAUGAAGGUCGCUUGAAUGGAUUGGAAAAAGAGGUGUUACCAAGUAAAGCUGCUUGCUCUCUAACAAUGCAAAAUUCUCAUCACCUGUUGCUCAAAGCUAGUGAGGAAGAUGCAAUUUGCAGGCGGACGAGGGCAAGAUACUCUCUAGCAAAUUAUUCACUUGAGGAAUUGGAGACCUUUCUCCAGGAAUCAGAUGACGAUGGUGAUCUGCAGAAUGUUGAUGAGGAAGAGGAAUACCGCAAGUUUCUUGCAGCUGUCCUGUCUGGUGGAGGUGAUGAUACACAGGCUUGCCAGGGGGAUGAAAACCAGGAUGAAGAUGAGAAUGAUGCAGACUUUGAGCUUGAGAUUGAGGAGGCCCUAGAAAGUGAUGGUGAUGAAAAUGCCGAGAACUAUGAAGAUCCAAAUUGUAGAAAAGAGAAAGAUGGCCGUAGGCCUCAGACUAGGCAGAGGGAACCAUUCACUGAGUUGUCUGGGCCAGGUAGCUAUUGCCAUGAAUCAACUAAAGCUCAUUUAAGACCGAUUCUGCCCUAUAUUCCACCUGCAUUACUGACUCCUGCGCAUGGUUUUGGAUGGCAAUAUCCUUCCCAGAAUGCUCUUUUCCCUUCAUCCUUGAUAUCAGUUACCUGUGCACCUUUAGUAAGCGGAUUUACUGAUCGGCAACUUGGCGAACUGCAUGUGUUGAUAUAUGAGCAUGUCCAGCUCCUGAUCCAAACCUUCUCCCUAUGCGUUCUCGACCCAUCUAAACAAGAUGUGGCUAAUAAUGUUAAAAAGAUGAUAGUUGAGUUGGUUGGCUGUCGUGAUCAAGCAUUGGCUACGAGCACUCAUCGGCAAUUCUUUUUUGAAUCACAACAUCUACGCUCGUCAUCUAGUAUUGUUUUUUCUGAGAGCUCGGAAUGCCAAUGGGUGCCGUUAAUUAAGUGUCCUGUUAUAUCCAUCCUUGAUGUCUCACCACUUCAGUUGGCCCUUGGUUAUUUAAGUGAUGUUGCGACCGCUGUCGCGAAGUAUAGAAGAAGCCAUGUGGAUGGCACUGCUGACAGAAACCGGAGAAAAGAGCCUCUGUUUCCUUCACCAGUAAUUAACAGUUGCAAAGGUGUGAACAAUGUUUCUCAAGACAGAUCGAAUAGUGCGCCCACAGCAUCAUCUCUUUCAACUGGGCAAUUACAGCAGAAGAAAUCAUUAGCUUCUACCCUUAUUGAGAGUACUAAAAAGGAGACGGUUGCUCUUGUUCCAUCUGACAUUGCAAGAUUAGCACAGAAAUUUUUUCCACUUUUCAAUUUUUCACUGUUUCCACAUAAGCCACCUCCUGCAGCUAUGGCCAAUAGAGUGCUUUUCACUGAUGCAGAGGACAGAUUAUUAGCUCUAGGGCUCCAGGAAUAUAAUAAUGACUGGGGAGCAAUACAAAAGCGCUUUCUUCCUUGUAAAUCAAAGCAUCAGAUAUUUGUGAGACAAAAGAACCGUAGCUCAUCCAAAGCUCCCGAUAAUCCAGUUAAGGAGGUGCGUCGUAUGAAGACAUCUCCAUUGACAAUUGAGGAAAUAGAGUGUAUCCGGGAGGGGCUGAGGAUUUUCAAAAAUGAUUGGACAUCAGUUUGGAGGUUCGUAUUGCCACAUAGAGAUCCUUCACUGCUCCAACGUCAAUGGAGAGUUGCCAGUGGAGUCCAGAAAUCUUACAGUAAAAGUGAAGCCGCAAAAGAAAAAAGGCGAUCAUAUGAAGCAAAGAGGAGAAAGCUGAGAGCAUCAAUGCCCGAUUCAAGAGUGGCCCGUGAGCAAGAGGCUGAUAACAAUGCUUCUGAUGGUGUUGAAAAUGAUGAUGAUUCAUAUGUCAAUGAAGCAUUUUUGGAAGACACAGAUAGGAGCAUGAACAUGACGCCUUGUCAGCUGUCAUUAUCAAGAAAUGCUGGAAAAAGCAUGAUAAUGCAAUCAGGCUCAGGCACAAGCCUCGAUGAAGAAUGUGGUGCUACAGGUGGUUACAUUGAACCACGGAAGGGGAAUGGUACAAAAGUUGAUGUAACAACAUCAUAUAUACCUUUUAUCUCUUGCACUUCUGAUGGCCCUUCAUCUGUGAGAGCACCUUGCACUACAGCUCCGAAGGUAUCAUGUAGUUCUCUGGACCAACUGCAAGCCUCCCGAUUGUGUAAAGAGAAAAGUAGUUGUGUGGUCAAGUUGGCCCCAGAUUUACCUCCCGUGAACCUUCCUCCUUCUGUCCGUGUGAUAUCUCAGGUGGCAUUUCAUCAGAAUGCAACACACUUUAAUGGCACCUCAGAUAGUGCAGCAAAGGAUGUGUAUCCUGUUCAACCUCUAACCUUUACAGAAAGUGCUUAUAGACAGCUAAAUCUGUUCCCUGAUCAUAGCAGUAGUUCUAGAUUGCAACAGAAUGGGAUUUCUAAUGAAAAUAAUACAGAAGAUGGUGCUGAGCAAGAUUUUCAGAUGCAUCCUUUGCUCUUUCAGUACCCUCGAGAUGUGCUUUCAUCAUGUAGUCAUCCGGUUCAAAAUCUUAUUAAUCAUUCAAGAAAAUAUGAUCGUUACCCCUUUGAGAAAGUUCAAGUUGAGAGAAGUAACAGCCAGACUACAGGUUCCACCGAAAACAGAAGUACUGUAAUUGCUAACACUAUCGACUUUCAUCCUCUCCUGCAAAGAACUGAAGUUGAGAUGCAUGAUGAAGUACCAGAAGAUGACUACCAUCACUCUGUUACUCAGUCUGAGUGUAACAUGAGGAAAGCUCACGUAGAUGACCAGUCAACAGCUGGGCAAGCAUCCAAAAGCCCUUGUGAGAGGGAGAACAAUAUUGACUUGAACAUUAAUUUAUGUUCUCCAGCGGAGUUCAAAAAUGCAAAUGACUUCAGAGGUACUUUUAGCAAAUUGAAUGUUCAAGAUGAAGGUUCUAGGAAGGAAACAGGUAGUGUUUCAGAGCUAGAGGUUGUAAAUGCUUGUUCUCAUCAUUGCAUUCAAGUGCCUAAUGAAGAAUCAAUGCAAGGCAUUGUAAUGGAACAAGAAGAAUUAAGUGAUUCCGAGGAAGACAGCGAGCAUGUUGAGUUUGAAUGUGAGGAAAUGGAUGAUUCUGAAGAGGAGCAAGUUCUGGGUGUGGAAUCCUCUCUGAUUCAAAAUAAGGGUACCUCAGCAUCAGUUGUUUGUGGGGAGUUCCAUGGGAGCAAUGGUCAGAGUCAGAUCCAGCAAGGAUUAGUUGAAGUGGGUAAACAGGAUGCAAGUUCAAUGCAGAAAUUACAAGGUUCUUCUCGGUCAGCAAGGGCAAAGUUGAAGCCAGAAACUGCAAAGAGCACAGGAUCUAGGGCAAACCAACGUUUGUCCACUUCUCUCACAGGUGAACCUAGCCGGACCAAAACCAGAAGUUCUAAAAUGAAGCAGGGACAGUCAAGUGCUGUACGCAAGUCCAGUGAUUCAAGAAGAACUAGAAAAAUCCCAGCCCCAAGUUGAGCUCUAUCUAGCCUUUAAUUUCUGUGCUGCAUUUGCCAAAUCACAAUGGUGGAAUGGCUCAAUACAAUCUGUUGUUACUCACGUUGUUGAGUUCAUUAGAACGAGAAAAUUUACGAUUCGCCAUUGAAUAACUACUGAUUCUAUAAUUCGCCAUCGAAUAAAUUCUGUUUACUUCUAUAUCAUCGAAUAAAUGUUUCAGUUCCUUAUAUGCCAUCGGAUUUCGAUACUGCCAUCCGUUAUACUGUUCAUAAACAGUACCCGAGAAUAAAAAAGGUUAAAAAAAUAUGUCGAUUUUUGUGCACGCUCUAUAAUUCAUAAUCAACCCAUUUUAACUGUAUUCACUUAAAAAUACUGUAUAAAAUUCAAACUAAAAUUUCUCAAAAUGAGCUACUUUUGUAAUACUGUGCAUUACAAAGAACUAAUUUUUUCACCGCGGGAGAUAAUUUUAGAAAUUAUUACAUCAUAUUAGAGGAAUAUUAGUAAAUUUUCUCAGAUUUUUUGUAAAUUUUUAUGAGGCUUAAAAAUUGCAAGAAGUUACAAAAGUAGUAUAUUUUAAAGAGUUUUAGUUUGAAUUCUAUACAGUAUUUUUAGGUGAAUACAGUUAAAACGGGUUGAUUAUGAAUUAUAGAGCGUGCACAAAAAUUGACAUAUUUUCUGUGACUUUUUUUAUUUACGGGUACUGUUCAUACUGUUCAUGAACAGUAUAUCGGAGGUAGUAUCGGAAGCCCGAUGGCAUAUAAGGAACUGAAAUAUUUAUUCGAUGGUAUAGAAGUAAACAGAAUUUAUUCGAUGGCGGAUUGUAGAAUCAGUAGUUAUUCGAUGGCAAAUCGUAGAUUUUCUCCAUUAGAACCGAGCGACACAUGCUGGAGAAAGGGACCUAUCGCACCUCUAUGGUCACUUACUUUGGAUUGUCGUGUUAACAGAGCAACGUGAGGAAGAGACCAGAUCUGUGGAUUGCUGCAGUUGGAUAGCAAGACUGAAGUGAUCUUGGCCUACAAUUUGGAACUUAACCUGUGUUUGCGCAUCAACUAAUUGUUCAUGGUGUGAGAAAGCAUUCCCAUGCAUUAAGGAUUUGAACAACCAUGGUGGACACAACGGAUGAUACGCUAAACUGCUCGGAUAUGACUUGGGGUCUGUACCUCUACUCCACAAAGGUUAAGUGUAACAUUAGCCAAUAAUAAUGCCUUGUAAUUUCAACCAUACAGAUUGGUUGUCGUUGUAUGUGUGUGCGUUCAUUCUGUGUAACUGUGUGAAUAGAGAUAUGUAACUGGCCUGCCGCCUUGAAAUUUUGGUAUCGCCGGUGGACAAAUAGAGCCCAAUGCACUGUAACAACUUGGCAUUGCUCGAAGGCAUUAAACUGCAUAUGGGCUGAUUCUACUCUCUAUGGCUCCAAGUUUCUCA